AAAAGAAAUAACGAUAAAAAACGAAACAUGUGCAAAUGCUUCCUAGUUGGGUGAAGGCGCAUUGUCAGCAGCUUUCUCAUAUUUCGGGACCCGACCUCGCCUCUGCCGACAACAAAUUCAAGUUCUCACAAUCUUUGUUGUACACUCAUCGGCUCCCGCGUCGUCCGCUUGCAAACCGAGGACUCGCCUACGAGAUCGACGAGUAGUAGGCCCCAAAGGACCCUUGCUACAGGCCUAUCGCUUAGCAGAGGGAGAGACAUGGACGACAGCCAGCUGGACGCCAGCGGCCAUGAGGAUGGGCCUGACGAUGCGCCAGAAGAAGCGCCAGAGCCGUCCUCAGCGAACCCUCAGAUUGCUAUUCGCAGGGCUUGUGACGCUUGCCGUGCUCGUAAGAUCCGCUGCAAUAGAGAAUCGCCUUGUUCAUAUUGCACGCACGCCAAGAUCGAGUGUACACAUGCCGACAACAAGCCCAAGGAAAAACGGACCAGAAUUCUCAUCACCCCACAAUAUGAGCGCAAAAUUGAUCAGAUUGACCGUCGGCUCGAGACGGUCAUCCGCCUCCUGCAGGACAUGAAAGUCAAUCCAUCUUCUAAUAGUAAUACAAGUCGAGCCGAGCUACUCAAUUUCGCAAUGGCUACAGCCGCCACGCCUCAAGUCGAAGGCCCGCCAUGCUCAGCUCAACGCGUCUCAUCUACUUCAACACCUGCCACUACGGCAAGCCACACCCUACAAUCAGAAGAAGGCGAAGGCGGCAUUGUUGAGGGCGACUCUUCUCUUGCAGCGCAUUCGGUGUUUGCUACCGAGUUUUUGCAAAAGGUCGUGAGCACAGAGUCACUGCAGGACUCAAGUCUGGAUCUCGGCGAAACUCUAGAUGCAUUAUCACAGAUCGUCAAUGCUUUGAAGCAACCGGCUGCCGCGGGGGAGAUGACAUAUCCUCACGCGAAGCCAUUUACUCGGAUUCGUGCCCAAGGAAUUGAGUUACCACCUAUAGAAAAGGCUGUGCACACUAUCAGAAUCGCAAAGAGUCAGCGCCUCACGGGCAUGGCUUGGAUAUACGAUUUCCUGCCUUCCCGUCGGUUCCCGGAUCUUUGCCUUAAUGUCUACUUUUCAGACAACUACUCGGAAUAUGAUUACAUCACUGUGAAUGGAGGCCUCUAUUCACUGUUUACAGACUACGCCGCGCAAGUAUCAGUUGAUGAACAAAAAGAGUACUUUGAAUACGCCAAGAUUUGCCGCGUGAAUCUGGAAACGUGUUUAGCGAAUCUUCCGCUCCAUCUGCCGGCGUCUUCUGAUGUGAUUGUCGCGCUUCUUUUCGGAACUUUUCAUGCCGUUGAAAUCUCAAAACCUACGCUCGCUUGGACACUGUCCUCCAAAGCAUCAGAACUAUGUCAAACGCUUGGUUAUCAUCGAGCAGAGUCUCUCAAAAACACAAAAGACGAUGGUAAGCCCACUGUUCAUGGGAUGCACUGGCAUCAGUUCCUCUUCUGGAACGUCUAUUACAUCGACAAGAGUCUUUCGCUUCGCCUGGGCAGAGCAUCGACAAUUCCGGACUGGCACAUCACCAUGCCUCUACCAUCAUUGAAAGAGCCGGUUGCAAGUCCGAUACUACCAUAUUUGGUAUUGUGGAUUCGAACAGCAAAGUGUCAGGGUCAGAUCUAUGAGCUGCUUUACAGUCCCGACUCGAUGAUUCAACCGUAUCACGUUCGCCAGACGCGGGUGCAUGAACUAGUCUCCCUUCUCCACGACAUCGAUCAGAAGACGCAGGAAACCACUGCCAAUUAUCAGGCAUAUGCCAAAGACGGAGUAGAGGAGCAUUUUGCCGAGUUCUAUCUGUCUUCAGAUUACGUUCUGCGGCUCUCACUUCUUACUUUAGUUUACCGGGCUGCCCCAAGGGUUGAAGGCUCGCCAACGACAUUCAGUCCUGAAUGCAUCAAGGCUGCACGAGCAGCACUGGAAAAGCACCAAGAAUGUGUUGCAAUCAUGCGCAAGUCCCACGAUGUUUAUUUUGCAACCUACAUUCACUGGACCGUGCUUUUCGCACCAUUCAUUCCCUUCAUCGUUCUUUUCUGCCAGGUAAUCGAGACACAAGACAAAGAAGACUUGGCAAGACUGCAUUCUUUCGUGGUGUUCUUGCAAGAAACAUCAAAAAUGUCCGACGCAGCAGCCAAGAUGUGCCGCCUCUUUCAAGUCCUCUACAGCGUCGCGCUCCGCUUCGUUGAAUUCCGCGCGUCAACGCCUCAGUCGCGACAGACGCAGGCCAGCGCCGAGAUGGACGCUUACUUAGCAGCCUUGGGAUUCCCACCAAAAGGGGCCGAAGGGGGUCAGCAUCCGCAGCAGCAGCAACCCACCGCGUUUGCCCAGAUGACAAGCACCGCGCCAGACGUGGUCCCUACGUUGGGAAUCGCGGGCGUCGGAAUUGAUGCCAUGGACGAGAGCUUGAGGCCCGGUAACCCAAUGAUGUGGAUGACGAAUGCCGCUCAAUUGGAAGACUUCUUCUACACUAAUACGGCGAUGAUGGACCUGUUACAAGAGCCCGGAUUCGAAGCAACUCAACAGCACUAGAAGCUCGAAUCACGCCCGAAGGGUAACGCGAAGGCUGUCCGACAUGACUAUGAUCGAUACAACCUCAGAGCUAUUAUGUGGACUCGUCUCUACUCACAUGAGUACGAGAGAAGCGCCGAGAGAGCGCAGGGUUGAGGCUUAGAGAAGGGGAAGAGAAGGGCAUACAUUGAUAGAAGGCAAUGAUUGAGCCCAUUAGUCUGGUCGCAUGUUGGGCCACACAAGACCUUUGGUGGAGAGGUCGUGUCACUUAGAGACCGUCCCGCUGUGAGGAGGCGGCCAUAGAAGCCAAGUCUGCACGUGAUUCUCCCCUCAAUUUUGAGUAAAUUUUGCCUCACUUGUGAUUAGCUCAAACGUCAAGAACACAA